UUAAAGGUGAUAGCCUCCUCUGGGCCCCCCAUGUCUGCUCUGCUGAUGCCAUCUGACAGUUCCGCUUCCCAUCAGAAGCACAAGUCAGAGGGGAAGGGGGAGAAGAAGUGGACUUGCUCCACAAACGCCACCUGGGAUGGCUGGUGCUUCCCCAAAGCCCCGGGACUUGGUUGCACAAAGGCUGCAGAGUCUCCGACUCCAAGACACAGAUCUUAUAAAGAAGUGAAGGAAAGCUACCACCGAGAUUCCGCUCAGCUCCAUCAGGCUGAUCCACUUCAAAUGCCAGGGAUAUUUUUGAAAAUAAACUGCGAGUGUCUCCCGAGCUACCCCGGCAUCCCCCUCCCAGAGGCUGGGGCAGAUCAGGCGACGAAAGAGAAGGACACGGGACGAGAUGUUCUCAGAACUUAUGGGCUGCUCCCGAGCCGAGGUGGCACAGCAGACCCAGUGGAGGGAGAACGUGUUGAAAUACCAGCGAUCAUACAGCCAACGGGAGGAGAGGUGGCGGCAGAAAGACCAGCAGGCAACACAAACGCUGCUUGGACUAAUGAGGGAGCAAACGGACACGCUCCAGCGCCUUGUAGAUGUUCUGCAGGACCAGAGGCAGGAGGACAGAGCCCCGCUGCAUUCUCUCUCUAACCGUCCUCCCCUGCCACAAAGUCCCAUCCCCCCCCACCCAAAGUCCCAAGAAGGAGGGGAGGCAGGGGCUGUGAAAACAGUCACUCCCCCCCUGCAGACUGCUCAAGUAACAGAAGGCUCUCAUUCCCAAAGAUCUGAUAAGUCCUUUCCUUCACUCCAAAAGCACCUCACCCAAG